AUGGAUCAAAUUCCGGUGCACUAUCGUUCUUUGAUGGCCCACUCCAUACCAGAAGACACUCACACCUUUGAUGCGUCAGCUACCUACCCUUCUCCAGUCUCCGCAACGACCUCUCAAGGGCUAAAUUUCUCGCCGAUUGGGCUAGGCAUCUCUGGCUGUGACCUGGAGCCCGGCUUCGACAACUUAAGGGCAUUUCCCCAUGCAGUACCGUUUGCAGCUUCUCAUGCACCUUCAAACCAGAUGAUUACCACCGAAAACUACUACGAAGCUCCUAUGAAAGUCGACCAUUUUUCCAGCGGACCUUGUUUCUCAAAUUAUAAUGGCGUACCACCCGCGUCCAACACCCCGCUUAGUCUCUAUGACUCACAGACCAUAGGUCUAUCCCCAAACUAUAACUCGGCCUUGGAACUUGAUGGACCGGUCAGCUACGCAGGGCAGAUUCCUGCCUACUGGACCCCGACGCCGUGCUCGGGACCGUCAACUCCACUAGAAGCCGCCUCCGCGACCGGUCAUUGGAAUCAACCUUACUUCCCAGAGCCAUGCAUCACCGUUAAUCCGCCGACGAUACCGGUCGACAGAGGAUCAUACCACCCUACAACAGUCACAGAUGGAAGCAGAACCCUCGCUAGCCAUUACAACCCGGCACAGACUUCCUCUUCUCCUCGCAGCGCGACCUCAACGGAAAGCUUCUCCCCGAAUCCUCCGCAGAACGUCAACAAAAACCGCAAUCUCAAUAAUCACAUGGACAAGGACAUGGAGGACGGACGCAAAUGUCCCGUGUGUGGGUACGUCUUCACCAGACGUUCCAACUGUACCGAGCACCAGAAACGGCAUGACCCUUCCUUCAAAAAAACCUUCAACUGUUCCGGAUGCAAGAAGACGUUUGGGAGAAAUGCGGAUCUUCGGAGACACAUUGACAAUGCGAGUCAAAUAAAAGGACCGAAGAAAGGCACUGGCUGA